UGUUGCUUCCACAAGGUAUCGCGUCGAGCGCGAAAGCCUCGCCCAGUUCACCAAUCACAACCGAGGUCGUAGCGUAUGCCGCCCAUCGUGACUUCGACAACACUUUUGUAGCAAAUGAUAAGCCGCAGCUGCAUCAUUAGGUUAGCUGACUACAACUAGCACUGUUGCAAGACGGAUGGCAGUCGCUAUCAGUCGGAGGCGAUCAGAUCCACGAUGAGCGACGACGCUGCAAUGCCUCCACCCCCACCGCCGGCUCACAUGGCUACAAAAGAUGCAAAUACGGCCCGAGACCAGCAGGAACUUGGGCAUGCAGGAAGUCCUGCGGGGAGCUCGAUCGUAUCGAAGGGAGAGAAUGGAGCUGGACCUCGCGAACCCUCGGGCAAUGGACGUGCUCCACCUAAAAAGCAGAAGAGAGGCUCCGUUCCAGGAGGUGCUGCCAGCUCCACAAAUGGCAAGGACAGCAAAGCUGAUACAAGCACUGGAGAUGGGAGUGCGCCAGCUGGGCCACCUUACAUCUGUCCCACCUGCUCGACAAGCUACUCGCGCUUGGAGUACCUCAGGCGGCAUGAGCGAAGACACGCCGAUGAGCGCCCCUUCGUGUGUGAUUGUGGAAAGGGCUUCUCAAGGAGUGAUGUGCUGUCCCGCCACAAACGUCAGUGUCCUGUAGCACUCGGUCACGCUCCACCAGAAGAUCCGGCCACUGCCGGAGCUUCGAAGCAGGCGAAGCCCAGGCGCUCGAACAAGAAAGCAGCUGCGAAUACCACGUCAGCUUCUUCGGCUGAGGCGCCGGCAAAGCGCGAGGAUGACAAUCAUCACCCUCCAGGCUCGACUCAGGAAAUGUCCAUCGCCGCACACUACGACGCGGAUGCUUCCGCUGCUGCCGGAGCUGCUGCAAUUGCGGCAGCUGCAGCAGCGGCUCACGCUGCCUUGGGUGGACCUCAACCCAACAGCUUCCCCUUCUCAGGACCAUCUCAGCAGCCUGGUUUCCUUCCGCCACCCGUACCGUACGGCGCAGAACAAAUAUACGAAGCGCGUGGCUAUCCGUCAGGUGCUCUCAGCGAGCUGGGCGCCCCCUUGCACUCGCAGGUCUCGGCCCUGAACCCUUCGCAUUCGCAGCUGUACCCACAAAGCCCCGAUUCCAACCACGGCGGCUUGGGUAGCCAAAUGUCAUCCCCUCGCUUUGCGUCACGCGACAUGAAACGGCACGGGAGUGGAAGCGGAUCGCGGUUUGGUCUGCGCAAACCUUCCGCAUCGCUCGAUGUCUUUGGUAGGUCCACGAACGGCGCUAACGCGUACAGCGGAGAUUUCUGGGACGCCAUCGAGGCGGCAAGCAAAGGCGAGGGGAGGUCCAGCGGUUCCAACACGCCAAGUCGGACGAGGACACUUCCGCCAAGCAGCUUGCCAAACUCGAAUUCGACAAGCAUGCAUGCCAGCGGCGCAUUUCCCUUCUCAAUGCCUGGCAACGAAUUUGCGCAAGCGCCCCCGAGCGCAUCGGCAAUGAGCGGCGGAUCCCGUGCACCAGCACCGAAUCUUGCGACUUUGGGCAUCGACGGAGGCCCGCCUCCACCCGCGCCUGCUCCAGGAAGUAAAGAAGGGCAGCGGUUCGGCGUCAACGGGCCUCUCAGUCCCUUUGGCUCCAUCGCGCUUUCGAGCGGAAUGAGCCCGUACUUGUCCGCCUUUUCGAAUGCGCGAGACACGCCACACAUGUCGUCACCUAGUAGAGGAGGACCGGGCACUCCUGGAGGUAGCGCCAACAUCUUCGAAUGGACAAUGCGUCCGCCCGCAAAACCCUCAAGUUCCCGUCGAGACAGCUCCAGCACUCCUUCUGGUAACGCAAAGAGGAAGCGGGAAGAUGGCGAGACAGAAGAUUCGAGAGCAGCGUCAUCCCACCUCUCCGGUGCUGCAUCGGUUGAUGAGUCUUCUUUGGAAGCCGAUGCAGCACAACUCUUGGAGACGCUGCGUACCCUUAGAAGUGGUGGUGCUGCGUCGACGACCAGCACCGGUAACGAUGGUUCGGAUGCGCAGCGCAAAGCUCCGGGCCCUUCAGGUGCUACAACACAGACAAAUACCGGUGGUGUUCCGACUAUUGCAGAGCCGCCUGUCACACCCUCGUCCACUGGCGUCUCUCAUGAUUCCACCCUCAGUCAUGCGCCUCAUGAGUCAGACGCGAGGAGUAUUGGCCCUGAAGCGUUCCUCCUUCGACUGCAAGGCGGAGCUCAGGAAGGUCGCGCAGGCUUGCUCGGACCGGACUCGGCCUAUACGAGGGGUAUGCUUGGCACUCCGAUGGCGAGCACUGCGGGCGCCACGCACCCUUCGGCUGUCGUGACGCAGUCUCCGGGCACUCAGUCACUCUGGGAGAGCCUCGGCUUGAAUGCCGUGUCGAGCACACCAAUGAGCGCAAGCGCGAGCGCUGGUGGGAGCAACCUCGGUUGGCUAAUGUCACCAAGCAUCCAGCAGCUUAUCAGCACCUUCGCAGGCACGCCAACUCCGGGAGACGGAGGCAGCUACUUCUCGGGCGCUAACAUAGAGCCGUCAUCGCAUGAAUAUGAGGACCCGCCCAUCGAAUCGAUUGAGCCUUGGCCAGAAAAUGCAGGCGAACGAAAGAAGGAUGCGGAAGCAUCUGCAGUGCAGCGCACAGGCUCCCAAGAAGCGGCGGCAAGACGAGCGAGUCCGACUACGAUGGCGCUCGAGAGGGUGUUUGCAGACAUCAGCAAUCCCUUCUACAUCCCCCCGGAUCUGUUCCGAGCGUGUUACGCUAUCACGCAUUGGCAGCUCCCUUCCCUGACGCGUUUGAGCAUGCUAGCGCUACACUCUCAACAAAAUCUGCUCAAGCACUUUCCUAUCGUGCACGAGCCCACUUUCCGCCUCGAUACCACUCCAGGAUGCCUCGCGUUCACGCUCUCGAUGCUCGGAUGUCACGAAGCUGGGAGGAGGUGGUGGGCCGGAGAAGAGGUCGUGCAGCGUGUAGGAAAGCCUUGGCUGGCAGCACAGGACGCUGAUGCUUGGCAGACGCCGGGGAAGCCUCUCGUCGACGAGGAAGAUGGCCAAGAGCUUGUCAAGGCAGUCGUGAUGCGCGAGAAGACUGACAUGUUGGCGCGCAACUUUGCAGCUCGCGCAAAGACCGAGAAAGAUAGGGUCUCCGUCGUACAGUCAUUGAUGCUGUACUACGCCAACAACUUUUUGUCACCGGACCUCACUGUGCGUCGCUCUGGAGCUCGAUCGCACGACGCGGUGGUCAGUCUCGCUCGAGAUGCGGGUCUGUUCGACCCAGAAGCCUCUCACGCAAGGAGAGAAGUCCGAUACAGCGGAGAUGACGUGGUCCGCACGACGCUAGGCGAAGCGUCCGAUCUGGCUUUCAGCUACUCUUUCUUGCCCACUUACCUGCCAAGUUGCACUGAUGAGGAGAAAGUCUGGCGACGGUGGUCCGAGCUCGCGGGCCGACGCCGCACCGCGUUCCUUCUACUCGUCCUCGACACGGUUGCCAGUCUCGACACGAGUCAGUCGUUCGCUUUGAGGCUGGAAGAGCUCGGACACCUUCCGCUGCCAAGCCCCGACACGCUGUGGCGCGCUCCGAACGCCGACGCGUGGAGGCGUGCCCUCAACGCGUAUCGGGGACCGACGUUCGACGAGUCCAUGUUUGACAUCUUGUCGGGCGAUGGCGAGGAGGGUGUAAGCCCUGGCAAGACCCAUCCUUCGGUCUUUGGCCCUCACGGUCCUUUUGCCCGCCUCGUCAUCGUGAGCACGCUCCUUCGGGGCGUGCUACAUCUGCUCGAAGGCCGCACCCUCAAGGUGUCCACCCCAUCGCCGUUGGAGCGCUGGAUGCAAGGAACCGAGCGCAAGACAGUGCUCACUGGAGGCCGGGGUGGCAUCGAUGCUCAGGUUGAGAUUUUCAAGCGUGCACUUGCAAGGUGGCGGAAGGCUUGGGAUAUGGACGACCUUUGCCUGUGCGCUUCUGGGCCAGCAGGCCGAGCCAAGGCAGGUCAUGCUCCGGAUGCCAGAAGACCGUUUGGCGAGAACGUCAUAUUUACAGCGCAAACGGCGUCGGGAGCUACACCACUUUGCGACGACGCCUUGCCGUUCUAUUGGCUUGCGCAUGUGCUGCUGGGUCACGUCUCCAGCCCUACGACGGCGCUGCCACGCCGUUCGCCUUCGCCGUCACUUGCAGAUCAAAAUCAUCGCGGCAACCCUGCAGAGUGCCUCGACGCAGACGACUCCGGUGGUCAGCCGAGCAAAGGCAGCCCGGAUUUCCGUUCGAUGCUCAGAUUCGCGAAAGCCUUUGUGCAACAGGGUGAAGGCGCUUCGAACACGUCCAGCGAAAUCGAGGCAGAGCAAGCGAUUCGUAGCGCAGCAUAGUUUAAACCAGCGUGUGCCACGUCAUCCAAUGGAACAGUACUGUGUGCAAGCUUCUUCUCAACGUUUGCUGAUCAUUUGCCUUCCUGCAAGGUAGACUCGACACGAUCGUGCCGCGCAAUGCUUCCCCCGGCCCUGUGCAUUUUCCUAUCGAUGCAAGUUCACCUGUUCCAAUCUUGUACCUUACUACUCCUUUCGCAAGCAACUGAGCCUGUCCUUUAUCGCUGGUG